AGUAACACUGUCAGUUGUUUGGUUUGGCGUUUAAUUUUUAGGUAUUUUGGCCGAAACAAAUCUGUAAAUAUCAAAGGAAUAUUAUGAUGAUAAUGAAAUUACCACUUUUACAGUGAAAGCCUAUGACCCUAAGUAGUUAAUGUGAAUAUUAUUUCAUAAGUAGGCCAUUUGCGUUCUAACGGAUUUGGUUACCGGGAUUUAGUGAAGUGUGAAGUUUUAAGUGUUGAAUUCAUGAUAGAAGAAGUUAGUGGUCAUGGCAGAAAAUGAUGAUUAUUUAGAAACGAUCGACAACAAUCAUUUGGACGGAACCAACGGUUCCCUAAACAUGACUGACAAUAGUCUCGGAGGUGGCGAUGAAGCCGCUGGCAGUGAGGUGCCAGACCUGGCAGCCAUCAAAGCCCGAGUACGGGAAAUGGAAGAGGAGGCUGAAAAACUAAAACAGAUGCAAACCGAAGUUGACAAGCAGAUGAGUAUGGGUAGCCCACCGGGACUCACAAGUCCAUUAAACAUGUCUAUUGAGGAGAAGAUAGAGGCAGACAACAGAUCAGUGUACGUCGGUAACGUGGACUACGGCGCCACAGCCGAAGAGCUCGAACAGCACUUCCACGGAUGUGGAUCUAUUAAUAGGGUUACGAUAUUAUGUAAUAAGUUCGACGGCCACCCGAAAGGAUUCGCCUACAUAGAGUUUGGCGACAAAGACAGUGUACAGACUGCAAUGGCCAUGGACGAAUCAUUAUUUAGAGGGCGGCAGAUAAAGGUGAUGCCGAAGCGCACGAACAAGCCGGGGCUGUCGACGACGAACCGGCCGCCGCGCGCCAUGCGGGGCCGCGCGCGCUCGUUCCGCGGCGGCUUCUCGCCCUACUACUCCGGCUACCGGCCCGUGCGCCGCGGCAGAGGGUACAGGCGCGGCAUGUAUUACUCUCCGUACUGAGUGCGGUAGAGGGGUGUUCCCCGCACCUAGUGCCACUGUGCCGUAUACUAAGUUAGCAGCCCGUCUGCGCCACUGGACUCUAGCUCUACCCUUUACCUUUACUUUGUACACCUCGGUCGCGGUUAUGUAGGUAAGGACAACAUACGGACUCCGGUGUAUUUAUGACGGAUCGCGAUAAGUAAAAUAUAAUUUUAUUUUUAUUUGUAUAAGAUUACUGAAAUGAAGUGACUGUUUUGAAAAUGUGCUGUUUUUGAUUGUGAACAAAAAAUUACUCGAUAGGACUCGUUUAGGGCGAUGUGCAUAGAAUAAGUCUAGAGAUAGAUAAUUAAAUAUACAAUGUUGACUUUGGCUGCUAAUCGGACGAAGAUCAGAUUAUGUAUCUACAUCAGUUAGAUAAUGUUAAAAUAUUUUCUUGACUCUGAUUUUUGUAUUAUAUUCGCCUUAAAUAUGUCGGUAAAGGUUUUGUGAAUACAUAUAGUAUUUUGGCAAUCAUUGUUCAUAUCGCGAUUAGGUGUUUAGAUUAAAUGAAGCAUCUUGUUGUAGCCGUUGUGAGCUCUGCAGAGGCCGUUAGAAAUGCUAGUAUACAGUUAAGUCGUAAUAUGAAGUAUUUUAAUAACCUAUACGGUUGGUGAAUAUUGUUAAACUCCCGUAAAACGUAGUCGCGCUAUGUUAGGAGCGCAACCGCGCAUGAAUCGCGCCGCCUCGCGCCUGCCCGUAGGGAGACAGCUUCCUUGUCAACAGAUAAAAUUAUAUAAGGGGGCAGCUCUCUUGUUUAACCAAGAUCUUCAUCUGCAUUUGUUGCAGAAUUGUUUUAAAUAGUUUUAAUUAUUUGACUGUAUCUACAAUUUGUUUGUUACUUUAUGAGAUGAACUGUAACUCAAAUUAUCUUUGUGUAUGAUGGUAUUUCCAUGUUAGAAUUAGUUGGUGUAUGUCCAUAUAAUGAUUUUAGACAGAGACUACUUUUGUGUUUCUAAUGCAUCACAAUAGUAGUUCAAAAAUUCAUGUUUAUAAUUAGAGUUUAUUCUUAUUUAAUUUAAACCUGAACUCGGUAUUUAUCAAUCUAUUAUAAAGUACACCUAAAAAUUAUCUCAUGCCUAUGUAAUUUUUAUGUUCUUUUCAAAAGAUAAAUAUUCAUAAAAAUGGCACAUUGAAAGCUCGAAAGAAAGAAGUAAAAGGAAAAAAAGAUAUGAGAGUAAUUUAAGAAUAAUUUUAAGAAUGA